CCCUGAGGGGGUCAGAGGCCCCGGGAUCCCGUGGCUGUAGACAGGCCCAGAGGAAGAGCAGGCCAUGGCCUGCGGAAAGAGAUCUGCCAGCCCCGCGCAUUGGCCCUGGGCAGUCAGUGCGAUGCGGCUGUUGGCCCGCUAGCUCCAGUCACCUCAGACCUCAGGCGCCCACACCGCCGCUCGGGGCCCAGAGAGACCCUGCACCCUCCCUGGGUGGUUAGGGUAUUCCUGCCCUCUAAGGGAAAAGACUGCCCUGGCUGCUGUGGCUCAGCGGAUUGAGGGCUGGCCUGCGAACCAAAAAGUCACUGGUUCGAUUCCCAGUCAGAGCACAGGCCUGGGUUGUGGGCCAGGUCCCCCGUAGGGGGCGCUCAAGAAGCAACUACACAUUGAUGUUUCUCUUCCCCUUUCUCUAAAAAUAAAAUCUUUUUAAAAAAUUAAAAAAUAGAAAAGUGAAGUUCCGAGUGCAGUCGAAGAGUGCUUUUCAGUUUCUGUUGAGGGGGUGUGAAAAAAACCAAAGGGCUAGUCUGUUGGUGACCAGAAAUUUCCACUUCGCUGUUUACGCGUAGCCAAGAGAAGGGAGGCGUCCUGGUUUGGCAAAUGCCUGAAACUCAACCCCAGGGAGAAGUGCAGCGGAGCCCCGCGGGGCAGGAGAGAGCUUUUAACGAGCACAGGCUGAGUUCCCCCGCUUACUGCCGGGCGCUCCCAGGGCUCUCAUCCGGUCGCUAAAACGCCUGGGAGGUUGGCCGCGGUGGUGGUAUUAGCUUUUCAGAUGAAGGUUCCAGAUGAUGCCAGGGGGAGGCCGGUAGCCCACUGGGAUUCCCGUCUCUACUGCCUGGGACCGGGUCCCCUGCUUGGAAGCUGCUGGACAGAGAGAGGGUCUAGGGAAGCGGGAUGGAGGUCCCAGGGUGAGACGAGUGGAAACAGGACCCCAGCUCCCUGCCUGGGGCGGCUCUGAGCCUAGAUGAGGGGGGUCUCGGGGCAAGAUUGGGUGCAGCCGCCAGAGUGGCGGGUGGUGGUCGGCGUCCUCCAAGCAGGGUUGUCACACUCCGCUCCUUAGGCUGGUCCUCACUCCUCCCCACCGCGCCGCAAGGUUCGCGGCUCCUUUAAGAGGCCCGGCCCUCCCCAGGCGUGGCUCGGGCCUGCCCUCUGGCCCGCCGGCCGCCGCCGCCGCCAUGGCCAAGGAGCUGCUGGAGGAUAAGCUGACCUGCGCCAUCUGCCUGGAGCUCUACGAGGACCCGGUGACGCUGCCCUGCGGCCACAACUUCUGCGGGGCCUGCAUCCGGGACGGGUGGAGCCGCCGCGAGAAGGCGUGCCCCGAGUGCCGGGCGCCCUUCCCGGACAGCGCCGAGCUGUGCCGCAACGUGGCGCUCACGGACGUGCUCAAAGUGGUGCGCGCCGAGCCCGCCCAGGCCCCCGGCCCCGCCGCGGCCCCACGCGCGGACUCCCGCGCCGACGGCGGCGCGCGCUGCCCCCUGCACGGGCGGCCGCUGGAGCUCUUCUGCCGCACCGAGGGCCGCUGCGUGUGCAGCGCGUGCACCGUGAGCGCGUGUCGCCUCCACGAGAGGGCGCUGCUGGAAGUUGAGCGCCAGGAGCGCGAGGCCCAGCUGAGAGCCAUGCGGGAGGUCACGCGGCAGCAGGCCACCCAGGCUGAGAGCCAGCUACAGGAGCUGCAGCAGCAGCACAGCCGCAUCCAGACCUCGGCCUGCAGCCUGGCUUCCAGGGUCUCUAGCAAGUUCAGCUGCCUGAUUCAGGCCCUGGAGAUGCGUCGGGACUUGGUACUGAGGGACAUCAGGGUGGCGGAGACACAGGCGCUGGCACAGGCCCAGGAGGAGGAACAGCGACUGCAGGGCCACCUGGAGGCCGCGACUCGCUUUGACCGCAGGAUCCAGGGCCUCCUGGAGCAGCUGGAUGACCCGACCUUCCUCCAGGAAUCACAGCUCCUGCAGCCGCCGGGGCCUCUGGGGCCACUGACUCCUGCCCGGUGGGACGCAGAUGAGCAGCUAGGGGGCCUGAAGGGGUGCCUGAGCCAGCUCUGCAGCCUCCUCUUGGACGAGGGCGGCCCCCACGGGGCACCAGCUGAGGCUGCUGACCUGGUUGCCAUGGAGGCCCCGGGUGCCCUGGCAUCGGCCCCAAGCCCAGUGUGUCCACUGAGGAGGAAACUCUGGCAGAAUUACCGCAAUCUGACCUUCGACCCCGAGAGCGCCAACCGCCACCUGCACCUGUCCCGGCAGGCCCAGCAGGUCAAGCACUGCCGAAAGCCCCGGGGCCCGGCCGAGCAGGGCAGCUUCGAGCUCUGGCAGGUCCAGUGCGCCCAGAGCUUCCGGGCGGGGCGGCACUACUGGGAGGUGCACACGUCUCAGCACUCGGUGACAGUGGGCGUCGCCUACCCGGAGCUGACGCGGCACAAGCUGGGGCCCCACACGGACAACAUCGGCCGCGGGCCCAGCUCCUGGGGGCUCUGCGUCCAGGAGGACAGCGCCCAGGCCUGGCACGACGGGAAGGCCCGGCGCCUCCCGAGGGUGUCGGGGAAGCUGCUGGGCGUGGACUUGGACCUGGCCUCUGGCUGCCUCACCUUCUACAGCCUGGAGCCCAAGGUCCGGCACCUGCACACCUUCCACGCCAUCUUCACCCAGCCCCUCUGCCCCAUCUUCUGGCUCCUGGAGGGUAGGACCCUGACCCUGUGCCAUAGGCCCGGGGCCGAGCCCCCUCCAGGGCUCCAGGAAGAGGCCUCUGGGCUUAGCUGAGGAAGGCACUGGAUGGGAAUCUGGGCUGGGAACAGGUGCCACUGCGCCCGUGUGCCCAAGAGCUGCCCAGCCCCUGGCCUGAGGACCUGAGGCCACCGCUAUAAUGGGACCAGCUGCUGGCCAGCCGACCGACUCGGGACCAGGCUGGGGGCCACUUGUGGGUGUGGGGAGGACCCCUCGCAACCAGAGUUCACUUUUCCAGCCUCUUGGAAGGGGACAGGGACUGGGAAUGGAAUAAAAUGGGAGGCCCCCGUCCCAGGCAGCCCAGUUCUCAGUGCCGCCUGGGCCUCAGAGGCUAGGGCAGGGCCCAGGGGCUCCUGGUCCCGGAGGAGAGCGUGUGCACUGAGGUACACGCCAGGGCGUGCGGCCAGCUAGCACACGUCAGCUCAGGGCACCUCCCACCGAAACAGGGCAGACCAGGGAGUGUCGGGGUGUGGGGAGCUGGGCCACACAAAGCAUUCCCACAGAAAACCCAGAGAAAGGGGGUUUUUACUUCUUCCUUCUUCCUGGUCUCUAUUUCUUUUUUUUUUUUUCUUAACAGUUUGGUAUAUUUUGGUCUGCUACUUUGUACAUCCUUGUGAUUGCCAUUUCAUAAACAGUUGUGUUUUCUGCAUUUUUCACAUGAUAAAAAUUGUUACCAGAGUGAUUACUAUAUAAACAAACAGUCCUUCUAGUGACUCUCAGGAUUUAUUUACACAUUACUGGACACUGAAGUUGUUUUAUUUAGGGCCAUAAAAAUAUUGCCGCAAUGAAUUUUUUUGAGCAGGGAGCUUUUUGUACAAGGUAAAGUGGAAUUGCUCUGUAGAAAAACAGUGAGCCAAGCCCUGGCUGCGUAGCUCAGUGGAUUGAGCGCGGGCUGUGAACCAGGCAACGCAGGUUCGAUUCCCAGUCAGGGUACAUGCCUGGGUUGCAGGCCAUGACCCCCAGCAUCCGCACAUGGAUGUUUC